AAUUUUGGCUCUCUCUUUGCUCCUUAAACCCCAAACAGAGUCUCUCUUCCUGUGUGUCACUCCGGCAGUAAGAAUGCAAGCUGCCAGUCUCGCCUUUCACCCUCCGGCACUCCAUACUUCACCUUCUUACUUCUCCUCCAAACUUCCCCAUCACCUCAAUUCACUCUUCUCACACACUCCUCCAACUUCCACACUAUCUUUAACCCAAACACUGUCCAGAAAAUCCAUUUGCAAACCCCGAGCUGUUGGAAAAUAUGUCAGGGAGGAUUAUCUUGUGAAGAAAUUGUCUGCCAAAGAGAUUCAAGAACUGAUAAAAGGAGAAAGGAAUGUGCCACUGAUUAUUGAUUUCUAUGCCACAUGGUGUGGUCCUUGUAUUUUGAUGGCUCAAGAACUUGAAAUGCUUGCUGUAGAGUAUGAAAACAAUGCACUUAUUGUGAAAGUGGACACAGAUGAUGAAUACGAAUUUGCACGUGAUAUGCAGGUUCGUGGACUACCUACAUUGUAUUUCAUAAGUCCAGAUUCAAGUAAGGAUGCCAUCAGAACUGAAGGGCUCAUCCCGAUACAAAUGAUGCGGGACAUCAUUAAUAAUGAUUUAUGAUGAAUAAUUCAGUAGGUUCUUUGUUAGUGGAAUCCCUUGCUCUUUGCUGUAGUCGUCAAGCUGCCUUUUAUUCGUUCGUAGUGAUGUACCAAUAUGUGGAUCUCAAUAUAAUUUUUUAGCAACUUCUUUCUGAAGCUCUCAGGCUUGGUAUCUGCCUAGCAGUCGUAAGAGUUGAAACACAAAUUUUGCACUUGGAAACAGUUAAAACAAGUAGUGCAUCAAACUGCAAUUUCUGAUGUUAAAACAGAAAUGAAUGUUUAAAAUCGUAGAACUCCUCUAG